CUGAUGCAACAUUUUUCCACACACAUCACUACAUCAGUAUUUAGUUGCCACAUUAUUUCUUUAACUCGUCCAAUAUUUAAGUCUAAAUUUUAUAUUAUAUUUAAUAUUAAUAAAGAAGUAAAGAAUAUUCAAAAUGACUGAAGAAGAAGCUUUAUUUGAUCCUUCCAUCAAGAAGAAGAAGAAGAAGAAGAAGUUUGACUUGGACAGUGCUUUAGCUUCUGAAACUGGUGUUGAUGGAAUUAAUGAACAAACAUUAGAUAAAGAAAACCAAGAACCUGUGCCAGAUCCUGAUGAAUAUGAUGAUGGAAACCUGGAUCUUGACAACUUCGGUAAGAAAAAGAAAAAGAAAAAAAAGGUCACCAUAAAUUUAGAUGAUUUAGAGAGUGCAUUACCUGAUACAUCAUCAGCAAUGGAAAAUGGUGAUGGCCAGGGAGAGGCUAUGGAAGAUGAUUUUGAUUUAAAUAUGGACUUUUCAAAAACAAAAAAAAAAAAGAAGAAGAAGAAGGAUAUAGAUGAAUUAGUUGCUGAAGAAAUGGACAAGAAAGGUGACAGAUUUGAUGACAGCUUUAACGAUGGCCAGUGGAAUUUUGAGUCUGCAACUGAUGGUGAAAGCCACACGUGGUUUGGUUCUGAUCGUGAUUACACUUAUGAUGAACUUUUAACUAGAGUAUUUGAGAUAAUGCGAGAAAAAAAUCCUGAUAUGGUUGCGGGUAAAAAACAAAAAUUUGUUAUGCGCCCUCCACAAGUAGUUCGGAUAGGUACCAAAAAAACAUCUUUUGCAAACUUUACAGAAAUAUGCAAAACUUUGCAUCGUCAGCCAAAACAUUUGUUAGAUUUCUUGUUAGCUGAAUUAGGUACCAGUGGUUCAGUGGACGGUAAUAGCCAGCUUAUAAUCAAAGGUCGUUUUCAGCAAAAACAAAUUGAAAAUGUACUCAGGAGAUAUAUUAAAGAAUAUGUUACCUGUCAUACAUGUCGUUCACCUGAAACCAUCUUGCAGAAAGACACUCGUUUGUUUUUCUUGCAGUGUGAAACUUGUGGUUCACGAUGUUCUGUUGCCAGUAUUAAAUCUGGUUUCCAGGCCGUAACCGGAAAACGUGCAGCUAUCAGAGCAAAAACUGCAUAAAUUUUAUAAUAUAUUUUCUCUUGCGUGCUAUACUAGUUCAGCAAAAUAUAAUAAAAUAAAUAUCACAUUUUUACAAAUUUCAAAAACAUGUUCUUAUUAUUAUUAUAAUAAACCCUACAGAUAUUAAAACAAUCUAAAUUUUGUUUUCCAAAUGUUUAUAUUGCCUAGUUCCAUAUGUUUACUGAAACACGUUUAAACAUUUUUAAACAGACUUUUUAUAACCAUUUUAAAAUUAUAUUAUAUUAUACAAAAAAAUUAAACAUAGUUAAAUGCUUUUUUAGCUAAUGUCUUUCAAUAAUUUACUUCUAUGUUUAAUAUUUAUGUAAACUACAUUAUUAUUAAAACUUUUGUAAAUGGGACUGAACUAAUAACAGAGAAAUAAUUAAAAUUUGUAUUUAUUUUGAGUGAAAA